AUGAACUAUCAAGACGCCUACGUUCAAGACAAGAAGAGAAAAUUGUCUCAAGUCAUGGACAAGGAUGCCAUUAAAGAGACCAUCUUGAAUGUAGAGCAACAAGAAGACUUGGAAGCAUUGAUGGAAGAGCACGAUAUCGACAAUAUCGCCACCCACGCAAGUGAGUUGGAGACUGAAUCCGUUGAAGAGUUGCAAGCCAAAAAUAGAGCACUCCUUGUUAUUGAGGAAUUUUUGCAACAAGAAAAUUUGGAGUUGAAGAAGUUUAACAAGGAGAUUUUAAAGGAAAAUCAAGUUUUGAAAAAUGUGUUGAAGAAUGACUUUCAAUCAAACUUUAAGUACAUCAAGAAGGAUUAUUGA